AGCCAAUGCGUCAAACAUUCACAGGGGAACCGACUAUAAAUACCGCUGUGCGCUCCACCAACAUUUAGACAUUUCUCCACGAUCAAAGCGAAGAGAACACUUUAGGAAGAAUUCCGACCAUCCGACUAUCGCUUGAAUAACCUUUGUUAUUACAUCCACAUUUUGUAUUUUUAGAAAAUAUAUAUAUUUUUGGUCCGUUGCAAUGAGUGGAUUAUAUGUAAAACACGUCGCUGUGGCAGCGCUGUGCUCCCUCCUGGCGUCAGUGUCGCUGGGGUCCCCGGUGGUGGGGCCAGAGCCGAUCCGAUGCGCCCCCUGCACUCCGGACAGGCUGAGCCAAUGUCCAGUAGUGGCGCCUGGUUGUGAAGAAUUGCUGCGGGAACCCGGCUGCGGCUGUUGUCUUGCAUGCGCCCUAAAAUCUGGAGAAUUGUGCGGGAUCUACACGUCACCAUGCGGCUCUGGUUUUAAGUGCACCCCGAGACCCGGCGACCCCCGACCGCUGCACUCCCUAACCCGCGGACAAGCGGUCUGCACGGCGAACGCCGAACCCGCACAGAGCCCUGAACCCCAAGGCACCCAAGACCAAGCAGAGCACGCGGAGAUGGAUAACACGGCCACCAGCUCCGACACCGGCCCUAGUCACCAACUCCCGGGGUACAGCAAGCCGUACGACCCGCGGGCCUCCGCCGACGCGCAGGAGAGCAUGAAAGCCAAAUUGAACUCCAUACGAAGAAAACUUGUUGAGCAGGGGCCUUGUCACGUUGAUCUGCAGAGAGCUCUGGAAACGAUCGCCAUAUCCCAGCAGAAAUUAGGAGAUAAGAUGAACAGAUUCUACCUCCCUAACUGUGACAAGCAAGGUCUCUUCAAAACCAAACAGUGUGAGUCCUCCCUGGAUGGACAGAGAGGUCGCUGCUGGUGUGUGUCUUCCGGGAACGGGAAGAAGAUCCUGGGGUCGAGCGACGUGCCCGAAGACGAAGAGUGUCCCUAAGGGAUCAAGCGUGACAACUGCUACUAUUACUACUACUACUACUACUAGUACUACACCUACUGCUACUGCUAUUACUACUACAGGGGGCCAGCCUCGUUAAGAAUCAACUACACAUACGAUGAACACACAGACACAAAGAAAAAAACAAGUAAGCCACUUAUUUUUUUCCUUUUAUUUUUUUAUUUUGUUUAUUUAUUGAUUGCUGUGAGUGGCGGUUGUUGAAUAUUCAGGUACACUUCUUUCAUGGGACUGCUGCUCCAACCCAACCCCUACAUCCACCCAAACCCCAACACCACAUCGCGAUCCCCCACCCCCACCCAUCCUGACCACCCCUCACUCCAUCAUCUCUCCUCCUCCCCCCACCAAAGAGGAUACAUAUAUAUAUAUAUAUAUUUUUUUUUUUGUUUUGUUUAUGCUUUCUGAAAGGAUUUUAAUAUUGAUGUUUUAACGUUAGAAGUGUUCAGCCUUAUUUAUUAAAUUUUGGAAUGCAUUAUAUAUAAUUAUUAUUUUAUUAUUAUUAUUAUUAUUAUUAUUAUUAUUAUUAUUAUUAUUCUGUUAUUUGUAAUUAUUUUAUGGGUAUUUAUAUCAUUUCACCUUAUUGUUGUGUUUUUUUUUUAUUUGAACAAGUGUAAAAAGUGUACAUAUGUGUCUUGACCCCGCUACCUCCGUGCCGGGGACGACAUCACUAGACCAGGGAAGAGGUGGUGAAUGGAAAAACAUCAAGAACGAAAGCACUGAGUGACCAAAUGUAAUUUAGAAGGAUUUCUAAAUAUUUUAUUAUUAUUAUUAUUAUUAUUAUUGUUAUUAUUAUUAUUAUUAUUAUUUUAUUAUUAUUUUGAAUGGUAUGACAUUGUUUUUUGCCUUUUCUAUGUGUUUUUGUUCUACUGCUGUAAUACACAAACACACUCAAAAGAAACUCAGUUAUUCUCAGUGAAUGCGUUCAAAUGGUCCUCAAUGGGUUUGCAGAUUGCAUGACUGACAGGGCCGUGGCACUGCCUCUCAGACGGGUAUAUAUCUAACCUAACCUACCUCCAACUUUCUUCCUUUGCAUUAUGUCUCUGUUCUCACUGACCAGAAAGACCACAAAGAGUGAGCAAUUGUUUUUAUUGUUGUUUUAUGUCCAUAUCUGGUCGCUGCUAAAUCGCAAAAGAACCCCAGAGGUUGUGUGAAGAAGCGGGCUGGGUUUUGUUUGCGAUGCGUCCGCUCUGUCUACAUGCUGCUUUGGGAGAGAUACAAUUUUGUAUAAGUCUAUUCCGAAGUGUCCAACUGCGCACUUGUGUGUGUAUCUACACUUUUGUCAUUAAGAUGUCAUGUAAAAGAAAGUGAUAUAUUUAAUAAAAACCUUAACCUCA